AUGGCGGCCACGGCGACCGAAUCGGCCCACAUGGACCAGCAGGUCGACCUCUCGACGAUCCCCAUCUCCCCCAACGGCAAGGACGAGACCGAGACCAAGGGCGACGACAAGCCCGUCACCGUCUUCCACGACAAGGACAACUUCAACGUCAAGCACCCUCUGCAGAACAAGUGGACUCUGUGGUUCACCAAGCCUCCCAGCGGGAAGGGCGACAACUGGAACGACCUGCUGAAGGAGGUCAUCACCUUUGACUCGGUCGAGGAGUUCUGGGGAGUCUACAACAAUGUCGCCCCCGUCUCGUCUCUCCCGCAAAAGGCCGACUACCAUCUGUUCAAGGCCGGCGUCCGACCCGAGUGGGAGGACCCCCAGAACAAGCACGGCGGCAAGUGGUCGUACCAGUACAAGGACAAGCAGAGCGUCGACGUCGACCGCCUCUGGCUUCAGGUGAUGAUGGGCGCUAUCGGCGAGACGCUUGAAGAUGAGGACGACGGCGAGGUGAUGGGUGUCGUCGUCAACGUCCGCAAGGCCUUCUACCGCAUUGGUGUCUGGACGCGGACCAUCGGCAAGAGCAUUCCCGGCCGCGGCGAUGGCGAUGUGGCCGGCGGCAAGGGCCGCACCAACGACAAGGGCAAGGAGAUUCUCAUGUCCAUCGGCCGGCGCUUCAAGGAGAUCCUGGAGCUGCCCGCCGCCGCCCUGGUCGAGUUCUCGGGCCACACGGACAGCGCGCACGCAGGCAGCACGAGGGCAAAGGCCAAGUACACGGCAUAG